AACAACAACUUCAGCUGAAAACUUGGAAGGCGCAGGUCUGUUUCCGAGGGUCACAGAACAGUCCGUCUUUUGUGCGCUCUGAUUGAAAUUCAGGAAAACAAGCCCCUUUAUGUUCGCGUAACCACGUGACCUCCACGGAAGUUUUUUGGGGGGGAUUUUAUGUGUGGUUCGCGAGGCGGCGACCGUGAGAAAGUCCAAUCGGUGGUCGGCAGGGAGCGAGACCAUUAAUAAACCAUCCGAACAACAUCAACCGGAAAACACGCGCAGCGCAGCAAGCGAGAAAUUGCCGUGGAAGAGAAGCUAAUCCUUUGGACACGGUCAUCACCAUACUCACACUCCCGUUCCCUCUACCUCACACACACACACAGAUGAUGUUGACCUCUGUCUGAACUUUGACCUGACCAGUGACCUGAGCGGAGAUGUCGUUGUGGUCGUCGGCGCUGCCGGUGUCUGAUUGGCUGGCAGCUCUGCGACUGGAACAGUACAGCGCUGUGUUUCAGGACAGUGGCCUGGUUGCCGUGGGCGACUGUGUGCACCUGAGCAACGAGCAGCUGGAGCAGAUGGGUGUGUCCCUGCCGGGCCACCGUAAGCGUAUCCUUGGCAACCUGCCGUGUGGAAGAGACGGGGGAGGAGGAAGAGGAGGAGAGGCAGAGGAAGAGGAGCAGGGCACUAUGCCCAUCCCCAAGAGCAGGACCAAGUUCUGCCACACACCCGCACACACACCCGCACAAACCCUCCAGGCUCCGUCUGAGGCUCCGCCCAUCCCGCCCCGGUUGACCUAUAGCCAGCCUCCGCAGUGCUUUAGCAUGGCAACAGUAACCACAGCAACGGCUCUGGAGAAGCCCACUCCCUCUCCAAGGCCACGCCUCCCCAAGUCCCCUAAGAAGGACGCACCGACGCCCAAUCAGCAUCAGCCGUCUGCUGCUCCGCCCUCUCUACCUCUGUCUCUCUCUCCUUUUCCCCCUCCUUCUCUCCCUCCCUCUCUCUCUCCUCUCUCUCCUUCUCUCCCUCCCUCUCUUUCUCCUCUCUCUCUUUCUCUCUCUCUUUCUCUCCCUCCCUCUCUCCCUUCCUCUCCCUCUCUCUUUUCCUCCUCUCCUUCUCUCCCUUGUCCUCCCCCGGCCUCAGAUCUACACCUGUAUGAGCAGUGUUCUCUGGGGCAGUUGCCCCCCCUGCCCCCCAAGUCUUACCCCGUGGGUGCUGCCCUGGCUGGCUCUCUGGCGCCCCCUGUCCCCCGCCGACCACCUGCACCUCCACUACGCCCCCCCAGGACUCCGCCCGGUAACAGCAGCGCUCUGGUCCAUGACCCCACAGAACCCCCCAGUGGACCAGGCAUUCCACCACGGAACCGACUGCCCACCACUGCUCCAAAACGCAGGGUUCCGCCGCCACCUGCCAACAGCAGAUCUCUCUCCACAGACAGCUCUGAUGACUAUGAGGAACCUGACCUCACAAACAGCCAGGAGCCCCUAGAUAUGGCUGACAAGGAUGGCUUCCUGUCGGUUCCGCAGCCGAAGAUUCGCUACAGCUGCCUGUACAGUGAUGAUGAGCUUCUGGAUGAUGAUGACGACCCAUCCACACCAACCCGGUCUGUUCGUAGGUCGUGGCAAGACUACGGGCUGAGCACUCUCCCGAGUAGUGGUAGCGUCUACCUUCCUCCCUCUGGUCGCCUAGCAACCACACCCCCUGUGGAUGACCCCGCCUCCAGCCUCUCAACUGUCAUCAAGAUGGGCUGGCUGGACAAGAACCCGCCCCAGGGGGCGCGGAUCUUCCAGAAACGCUGGGUGAAGCUUGACUCUGAGUACCUACGUUACUUUGACAAUGACAAGGAGGUGUACUCUAAGAGGAUCAUUCCUACCUGUUGUAUCACUGAGGUGAUGUGUGUGGGAGACCAGAAGUUUGAGGUGGUCACUCACAACCGCACGUUUCUCUUCAGAGCCGACAAUGACCUUGAGAGGACGGAGUGGGUGCGAGUGCUGCAGGAAGUGAUGUCGCCGCAGCAGGGUUAUGAGCUGACCUUUAACCCCACCCUGACCCCAGACAUGCAGGGCUACCUAGAGCUGCGGGGCCUCCGCUCCAAACUCUACACCGUGGUGUCUGCCGACAAGCUCUUCCUCUACAAGAACCAAGAGGAUUAUAAAUUGGGUAUUGGCAUCACCAGUAUCGAGAUGAACGUGGGAAACAUUAAGGAUACAGACCGCAGAGCAUUCGACCUCACCACACCCUACAGGAUCUUCAGUUUCGUGGCGGACUCGGAGCAGCUGAAGGAGCGCUGGGUGUGUGUGUUGAGGGAGAGUAUUGCGGCGGCGCUCUCACACUCUGAGGUGGCAGAGAGAAUCUGGGCGGAGCCUUCCAACGCCCUGUGUGCCGAUUGCUCCGCCCCUCACCCUGAGUGGGCCUCCAUCAACCUGUGUGUGUGUGUGUGCAAGCGCUGUGCAGGGGAACACCGGAGUCUUGGGCCGAGCAUCUCUAAGGUGCGCAGUCUAAAGAUGGACCGCAAGGUGUGGACAGAGGAGCUCAUACAGGUGUUUCUGCUGCUAGGCAACGAGCGGGCCAAUCAGUUCUGGGCGGCGAACGUGCCCCCAAGCGAAGCACUGAGCGCGUGCAGUAGCAGCGAAGAACGCCGCCGCUUCAUCACCGCCAAGUACCGGCAGGGGAAGUACCGCCGCUACCACCCUCUUUAUGGCAACCAGCAGGAACUGGACAACGCGUUGAGUGUGAAUGUGCAGUCGGAUGAUUUGUUGGAGACGCUGUCACUCAUCUUCUGCGGGGCGGAUGUGAACUGUUGCCGUGGCGACGCCGACUCCCCUCUGCUUCUGGCGGAGACCUGUGGCCGGACCCUGCAGCUGGAGCUGCUCACACACAACCGCAACACAGAGAUCCCGAGGUUAGAGGUCGGAGGUCACAUGGACACGGUGCACUACAUGGCUCCUCCCUCCAUCACGCACAAUGGCUUCCUGUUCAAGACCGGCUCCAUGGCUCGGCCAAUCACAGAGCGCAAGGCCAAAGAGGAGUUCAGCAGGCGUUGGUGUGUGUUGAAUGAUGGUGUGUUCAGCUACUAUGAGAGUGAUAAAGCCGCCACACCCAACGGAGGCCUCAAGAUGAAGGAAAUCGUCUGCCUGGCAGUCAACCCCCCUGAGAAACACGGGUAUGACCACACAUUUGAGCUGUAUUCCGACGCUGAGCGCCUCUACCUGUUUGGACAAGAUAACAUUGAUGUUGUCCGAGAGUGGGUCAAGUCCAUCGCCAAGUCGUUUAUCCCGGCGUGUGCAGAGUCCUUCCUGCAGAGGGACUUUGAGCGUGUGGGCCGUCUGCGCUACAAGGACAGUCUGCACCUGCAGACGCCGCGCCUCGGCUGGUUCUGUCUGGAGGGUUCCGCGCUGCACGUCUGCCUGGAAAACCGUCCGGAGGAGACCAUCCACCUCCACAAGCUCAAGGAGCUCUCAAUUCAGCAGGACAAUGAAGUUCUAGUGCUGGUGGAAAGAGGCAGGUCUCUGUACGUGGAGGGGGAGCGUAAGCUGGAUUUCGCCGGCUGGUCUCAGGCCAUCCAGAGAGCUGCGGGCAGCUGUGGAGAUUCACUGGGCCAGCAGCAGCUCACCGAGACCGACAUCCCCGUCAUAGUGGAGCGCUGCAUCACCUACAUCACUCAGUGUGGCCUGACCUCUGAGGGGAUCUACCGUAAGAGCGGGGUGAACAGCCGCGUGGCGUCUCUGCUGGAGGCGUUCCGGCAGGACGCCAGGAGUGUGUGGCUCAAGGAGGGCGAGCAGCAGCUGGACGACGUGGCCAACGUGCUCAAGCGCUUCUUCAGAGACCUCAACGAUGGACUGUUCACCACACACACCUCCCAGCACUGGCUCAACACCACAGCUCUCUGUGAUGAUGUCAGUAAGAUCUCUAAGUACCAGCAGCUCUUCAGCGGCCUCCCCAGAGUUAACAAAGCCACACUAUGUGCUCUUGUCAAUCACUUAUACUGUGUCCAGUGUUUUGCGGACAAGAACCAGAUGAAUCUGCAUAACCUGGCCAUUGUGUUUGGACCCACCCUCUUCCAGACAGACGGCAAGGACUACAACGCUGGACGCGUCAUAGAAGACCUCAUCCAGCAUUACAUCUCCAUCUUUAGCGUGGAUGAAUUACAACUAAAGAAACAGCUGGAUGAAAUGACCUUAAUCAUCGAUCUUCGUGAUAAACUGAAACCAGCACCACCUGGAGGGCACUUCAUUUGCACAGUCUAUCUGGAGGAGAAGAAAGAAUCAGCUGAACAGCUUGUCAAGAUCCCUGCUACUAUGAGUGCAUCUGAGUUGGUGUGUGAGAUUCUGGAUCGAAGGAAGAUCUCCGUCAGAGACAAGGACUACUGGUGCUGCUUCCAGAUCAACGAGAAGGAGGAGACUGAGCGCCCCCUGCACUUUCAGGAGCGGGUUCUCCCCAUUGUCCACUCUUUGGGCACAGAGAGUCACCUGCUGGUCAAGAAGCAUUAUAGCAUGGAGGCCAUGCUGGUGUUUCUGGCCAGUAAAGUGGACGUGGCCAAACAUGGUAUGAUGCGUUUUCGAGAGGAGAGAAGUCUUCUUGGUCUCACCACGGGCAGCUUCAACGAGAGAUACUUCAUACUGACGCCUACUUCACUCCGUCUGUACAAGGAAGUUCGGAGUAAUCGUGCCGAGAGGGAAUGGCCAGUGAAGUGUCUGAAGGUAUAUCUGGGCAUCAAGAAGAAGCUCCGUCCACCUACAUGUUGGGGUCUGACUGUGAUAUACGAGAGUGACAAACCUGACAAACAGGAGAGACAACAGUGGUAUCUGUGCUGUGAUACUCAGACUGAGCUGAGAGAGUGGUUCGCCACCUUCCUGAGCAUACAGCAUGAGGGCAGUGUGUGGCCAGCAGAGGGCUGUAAGAUGCGCUCUAGCCGCUCCGUGGUGUCCGAGGCUCGCCUGGGUAACGUUUCUCUCAUCCCUCUCCGUGGCAACGAGAGCGACAUUCGGAACAGUGUGGCCGCCUUCACCGCCGACGCCCUCGCCCUUUUCAAAAACACAUAACAGCCCCCUCCUCAGAGUGACAGGAUGCGGAUCCCAGCACACAUGGAAACAUACACACACUCACACACACACACUCUCACGCACACACACAAAUACACUCUCUCAAACACACACUCUCUC